AACUCUGCAGAUGAGUACUUGACCAUCUUUCACCCAGUCUCCAGCAAUGCAAGAGUGCUGUUCCCUUCCCAUCUGAAGAGGUUUGAAGUGAAAAUGUUUUCCUUCACAAGCGGCCGGGAUGCACUGAAAGGACAGAUUUACUUCCACUGCAGUGUUGUGAUAUGUGAUUCAAACCGGCCAUCAGACAGCCUCUGUAGCAGACGGUGCAUUCCAGGGAAACAGAGGCUUGGUCGCAGUGCUGAAGGGAUGGAUGGUGGUGCAGUAAAGGCAUUUGUGUCUUCUGGCCCAAUUGAGCUGAAGAGAGAUGGAUCCCUUCGCUUUAUGCCUAGAAGCGACCAAUUCAAUGUGUGGUCCCUUCUGGGAGCUGCAAUGGGUGUGUGUUCAGUGAUUGUCUUUGUAGCUGGAGUUGUAUAUUUUUGGAAAAUGCCCAAAAGUGUGUAUUGAUAAAUAAAAAUCUUGCUUUUAAAGA